AUGAAGCGCCCAGCUGCUAAGCAGCCGAAGGGAGCCCCGAAAAAGAAAGCCCAAAAGAAGGAUCGUGAGCAGGAGGAGGAUAAUGAAGAGGAAGGGCAGGAGGAUGAUGAAGAGAAAGGAGAGGAGGAUAAUAAAGGGCAAGAGGAUGAUGAAGAGGAAGGGCAGGAGGAGAAUGAAGAGGAGGGGCAGGAAGAUGAUGAGCCAAAAAAGAAACCAGCAGCCAAAGACCCGCGAGCCAAGGUUCCCAAGCAUACACACUAUGGCCUCACCCUGGGCUGGCAAAACUUCGAAGAUCUCCAGACUGCGCCUGCAGCCCAGAAGUUCCCACGGAUGAUGUUGAAAUUGAGGUGGGAAUCUCGAGCAGGACAGUGCAUGCUUCUGUUCAUGAGAGUGCUGAGAUGCUUGGUGGCUAGGCUACACCUUGCCGACUAUAUCGCGCAAAAUGCAGAGGAACCGAACGACUCCCGUGUCUUUCCCUCAGUGCUCGGUCUCACGCCUUGGCUGUCCAAGAUGUACAAGAAGCUCACGCGGGCCAUGAAGAAGGAUCUUGGCCUUUGCUCCAAAGGGGUUGUCAAGCGGAGGACAGGAGGGCCCAAGCUCAAGCAGACCCAGACUUACCCGGCUGCCACCCAGAGAUGCUUUCUGCGACCGGCCGUUGCGGACUUGGCAGAGGCUGGUGAAAGGAAGUCGCCUAUGGAGCCACCGUAUGACUGGAAGCACGCCAACCUAGGCCCUGUAGCUGCUUUUCUCUCUGAAGAGAUUGCUGCUGGCCGAUAUCGGCCGAUGUUUCAGUCCAUGGCAGUCAGUUGUGAUGUGGAAGAAGUGUUGAAAAAGGCCCGUGCCAGAGCGGCCAGAGCCGCCAAGGGUGUAAAGGAAGACGGUGCCGCGUUCUCCCCGGGCAAGACAGUCUUUCAAAAAGGCCUUGCAGGCAAACGGCCACUUCGCACCGACUCCUGCGCAACAAUCGUCCUUGAGACACCGCCCCCGAAGAGGCGCAGCAACUCUUUCGACGACAGCUCCGGCUCCAAGCUUCCCCAGAAAGUGCAAGCAGCACUGCGCCGACCCCAGACCACAGACUUGGAAAACACCGGCGAACGGAAGCAGAAAGCCCAGAAGGUUCAGCGACAAUUGGAACAUGAUUUCAAUGAGGCCAAGGACUCGACCACGAAACAGCCGAAGACAGCCAGCAAGCCAAAGCCAGAGAACAACAAGGCCGAUCCCGAAACUCAGCCAAAGCUUUCUGCAAAGGCAAAAGCCUCCCCGAAAAUCGUGACGAGCAUCGCAAAACCCAAGGCUAAGGCCAAGACAAGCAAGCCCAACAACAGCAGCAACACAAAGCACAACGUGGCAUCGGAGGAGGAAGAUGAUGACAAGGCAAAGAACGACCACGCCACCGCAAGGAGCAGCAAGGAGACAUCGCCGCGGAAAUCCAAGGGCACAGGCAAGGAGGAACGCAGCCCACGUGGAGGCAAGAAGAACACCGAGGACCGCCAGGGUUCAGUUGUGCCAAAGCCAAAGGAUGAGGAGGCAGAGGAGGAGGAGGACGACAGGACGAUCAGAUCCUCAGCGCGCCACACCCGCCGCGGAGUGAGACGUUGGGUCACGGAGCCGCAGAUGCUCACGCUCUUCGGCGACCCGGAGGUCGUCAAAUCGAUCAUACUGAGAAAGGAAAUGGACGAUGAGCUCCGGGCAAAGGAAAUCCGCCACCACCCGGAGCUUCCAGGACUUCUCCAGUAUCUCGUUUUGGUGGAAGAUGAAGAGGCUGGGGAAUUUGUCGACGAGAUCUCCGACUUGUUCCAAGCUGAGGAGAGGCAGGAUUCAGGAGAUUCAGAGGAGGAGAGUGACAGCAGCGAGGAUGAUGAGAGCAGCGACCGCGCCAUCAACACCCUCAACAGGAAGAUUCGCGAGAAGAAAGCCAAGCUCGCUGAUCUGGCUGGUUUGAGCAAGAACCUCCGCAAGGCGGUCGAGCAGGAUAUGAAUGAUGUUCUGUCGGAGAUGACCUCCGCCCGGGCGGCUUUGCAGGCAGCUCUGGACAGCGGGAAGGACGAGAAGAUGCUGAGCGAGACUGAUGCAGCCCAGUCGGUCAUUGAUCGUACUCCUUCCAGAGCAGCACCCCGACACUCCGAAAUGGUGGAUGAUAUGAUCGACAAUGUGGCUUCUGCCGACGCCUCUGGUUUCGUGCCAGGACAGCUUCGCAAGCUUGGAUCCUUCAGUGGUCGCAACAAUGCUCGGGACUUUGAGCGGGCCGUGAAGUUGCCUGUGGAACCUGUGUACAUAGAGACUACAUUGAAGAAGAAAGAGGACUCUUUGGACGAGGUUACCGUCAAAGUGCCAGUGCUACUUCCGGACCGUAUACUGGCCUAUCUUUUUGACACCGUGGGCAUCGACAUACCGCAGUCUGUUUUAGCACAAUAUUGGAAACAUUGCAAAGAGUUCAUGCCCUGGGCCAGAAACGAGGAUCUGGACGGGUCCCAUAUUCCGGUUACAAUCUAUGGGGACACAGCGCGUUAUGGUACAGGGUUCGAUCAAUCCAAAGUGACGGGUUGCUUCUUGAGUCUGGUAUUGUGGCGGCCUAAAUCAACCAGGAUGAGUCAAUUCCUGCUCUGGAAUUUGAAUGGGGAGCGUAGCUUGGGAUGGAAGAGUCACAACCCGCUAUAUUUGGCAGUCGUGAAGUCACUGAACAAAGCCUUUGAUGGUUUUACGUGGGACGGGGCACACUUGAAUCGAAAGUUCUGUGUCACUCAAAUCAAGGGUGAUUGGGAAUAUCAUUGGCAAACGUGGCGGUUGAAGAGGUACUACAAAACUAGAUUUAUUUGCUGGCGGUGCGAUGCUGAGAAUCACACCGAUGCUGCACACUCGAUGACCGACGUCAGCGAGAAUCCGUCUUGGCAGGUUUGGAAACCUGAGAAGCACGGUGCACACAUGGCCCAUAAAGGCUUCAAUGGUCGAAUAAUCGCUAUGUGGCUUGGCAACUGUUUGGAACUGGCCGCAAAGCACAGCACAGUGUCUUCUCGCAAUGUUGGACAAUGGCUACGCAAGAAGUAUGACGAAGAAGGGCAACCCUGGCCUGAUGAUGCUCCUCAUGCGGACACGCGCUUUCCGCUAAUCUGCUUUGCUAUGCAGUCGCUUUGUGAAUGGUUCCACGAAGUGGAGGCGAAUCCGAUGACGGAGACAGCUGCAAACACCAUUUACGAUUGCGGCAUGCGCUAUCUUCGUGCCCACGUCAUGUUGUGCAAAAUGAGUAUGAG